CCUCAGCUUCCUGUAUGAGGCAUGCCAUGGGUCACGUGACCUAAACUUCCUGCCUCUACGGAGCACCGUGAAGGACAAAUUGUGUUAACAGCGAUUCGGAUAUUUUUUUUUGGUAGGUGACAGAAUGGUUAUGAAAGAAGAACGUGUUAGAUUAUGCUCUUUCAUAUAAAAACCCAAACCUGUGCUAUAUACUUGUACUUUAUGUGUUUUUAUGUAAAUAUUAUCUUGUAUUGGUGACAUUCAUGUUUUAGCAGUUAGUUACAUUUUAGUAUAUUGACAAUACAGUGUAAUUGUCUUGAGCAUGUCACAGUCAGGACAUUGUUUACAGCUUAAUUGGGUUUCACAUCAGAUUAAUCUCAUAUAACCACUAAUUUAAAAAAAAAAUAAUUUAAAAUGUAUUUUUAUUGUUUUUUUUUUUUUUGGUGUUGGGUUUUUAUUUUUUUUACUCCUACUAUAUUUCCUGUAAAAUGCCCUAAACAGAAUGUGUCAAUGUAUAGUCCAAAGAUUAGGAAUCUGUUGCAGAUAUUUUGUACAGAUUUACGUUAUUUAGUACGCGAUCUAUGAAUGUGCUUUUGAAUUUAAUUUAAUUUAAUUUAAGAGGCAGUGUCACCUUGGAGUAAUGACAGAUUGCAAACACUGAGUAAAAGUUUGCUAUCCGUCAUGAAUCUUGUUUUUCAGAUUUGCAUUUAUUUAAAAUGUAAAUCUAGGCGGAGACAGCCUGGCAUUUUAUAGCAGGAGCCUUAUUUUAUAGCGGAUAACUCAAGCCUUAAAUCAGUGGAAACAAAUAACGUGGAAAAAAAAGAUUGUCAUGCUUUAUUUUGUCUACAUGGCACACCUAAAUUAGUUUGUAGUGCUUGCUGCCUCUUUGUAUUUUCUAUUUGUCAUCACUCGAGAUGGCUAAUGUAAAAUGCAUCUUCUUAAAUGAUGCAUAUUGGAUGCAAAUGCCAAAUAAUUGCCCAUUCGAGAGAAAGUAUAUGGAGCUGGGCUAGACUCGGAAUAUAAUUCAGCUCUGGCUUUUUAACCCUUUUAAGGACACAUGACAUGUGACAUUCUCUUUUAUUCCAGAAGUUUGGUCCUUAAGGGGUUAAGGCAGGGCAGUCCAUUAGGAGUGUGUGGGUACAGAGAGGUCUUAUGUCAUCAACAAUGUCAACUCAAAGUGAGCAUGUUAGUUUGCUGUCCCUCUUGGGCAUGUCAUGCUCAGAGCCCCGCUCUGGGAACAAUGCCUUGUGUUUUUCUUACAUGGGACAGCUCUGCUUUUGUUGAUAACUUGUCUUUGAUGACCUUAUAACCUUAUAAGAGGGAACUUGUGUAGUGUGUGUAUAGGGGCUGUGGCGGAACCAGCCUCGCCACUGGGCAUUGGAGAAGACUGAUUGCCAGCCUCCUGCCCUGUGACUAUGGCCCCAUGUUGAAAUUCUUGAUUUUCCCCCGCAAAGACCCAAAAGCCGGGUCAUUCGGUACUUGCCCUAUUUGAACAGUGAUACCCCAGAUAGCUAUGCCAUGGAGCCCAUUCGUAUAACGAAAGACUAUCUGAAAGACUUUGGCUCCAUGGCAAUUGAACUGUAUGUAUGUGAUCUGAGCGACAUUCAGUAAUAAUGUGCGCUCAGAUCUAAGCUAUCUGGGGAUAUGUUGAAUGUACCUGUUUUAUGCAAUAGCUGCACAGUUAUAUAUUUUUAUGUAUUUUAUUGUAUUUUGCUACCAUGUGGCUAAUGGAGUUUUGCCUCUGACCUUGGAGAUAAUUGGAUUACUUCCCAAUUAUCUCCAGGAUAGAAGACUCUGUGGAACUGGUUUUGGGCAGAAAAGCCAUGCUUCAUUUGGUCACAAAGGACAUUGAUCUAACUUUUGACCCACUGGACCAAUUUGUAUGAUUUUGACGUAUGUUGGUAUUUGGAGUAUGCUGAUUCUGAAAAUGUAAGUGAAUGUGAUGUAUACUUUUAAAGUUAUUGAUUAUGUGGAAAAACUGUAUUUCUCUGCCUGUGAUAAUUACAUUAACCCAUUGUGUAAGGUAAUUGUAUUACAGACAGAGGGGAAGUUUUUGUGUGGGAGUGUCUGAGUGAAUUGUACGUGUUUAUUGGUUGUUUUCCAAAACCCUGUGGGCAGUACUAUGUUUGUAGAAUGUGAAUAAAAGAGGCUGUAUGGGCCAAUACAGUCAGUUCUACUUCAGCCUCAAUUUGGAGUGCCGUCUCUUAUUGGGGGCAAUCUGCUACAAGGGAUUGCUAUGCUUGUCAUACUCCCUUGCUAAAUCACUACUAAGCUCUUGUAAGAGCUUGUUCCUGCCUUGCUCUCUGGAGGAGUCUACGGUGGUUAUGUUGUCUGCUGCAGUGCUUGGAGUCCUCAGGAAGCGCUAGGAGCAUCCAUCAACGGAGGUACCCAGUCGGGUUGCCCGUCGAUCCGUUACAGGGGCUGUUGUGUGCGUGCAGCUGGAUCUAGGGGCUGUAGCGUGUGUGUGUAGGGGCUGUGGUCCAUGGUGGAACUACCGCAGUCGCAGGGGUCACAGCUGCAAACGGGCCUGUCCCGCCAUACCUUGGACCCCUGCUAAUGCAUCUUCUGAUAUUGCAAUCCGUAUUUUAAAAUUUCCAUACUAUGGUUAGCUUUUCCAGUUUUAUACAGUUGAUUUUUAUAACAAUGAUUAGGAGGGUUAGUGGCAGGACAUCCAUGUCACAGUAAGAGUGUCUGUUUCAAAUCAGAGUGUGUCUGUCAGUGAGUGAAUGAGUGUGUGUCUGCCUGAUAGUAUGUAUGUAUAUGUGUGUGGCAAAUCAGUGAGAGUGUGUGUCUGUAAGUGUGUGUCAAAUCGGUGAGAGUGUGUGUCUGUGAGUGUGUGUCAAAUCGGUGAGAGUGUGUGUCUGUCAGUGUGUGUCAAAUCGGUGAGAGUGUGUGUCAGUGUGUGUCAAAUCGGUGAGAGUGUGUGUAUGUCAGUGAGUGUCAAAUCGGUGAGAGUGUGUGUGUCAAAUCGGUGAGAGUGUGUGUAUGUCAGUGAGUUUGUCAAUGAGUGUUUGUCUCUCAGUGAGUGUCUAUCAGUGUUGUCAAGUCAAUGAGUGUGUGUUUCUGUCAAUGUGUGUCAAAUCAGUGAGAGUGUGCCUGUCAGCGAAUGUGUGUAUGUGAGUGUAUAUAUGUCAGUAUGUCUUUUCAUUUCUGUCACUGAAAACUUAUGUUGGUUGAGCAAUGUGUGUAUCAAUGACUGUGUUUGUGUCAGUGAGUGUAUGUCAGUGUAUGUGUAUCAGUGAGCGUGUAUAGGGAGCCCUUUUGUGAUUCUUGCACUGGGCCAUGUGAUUUCUAUUUACAACCCUUAGGACUUAACCCUUAGCUGGAAUUGAGAUUAGCUGCUCAGUGCACUGCUCUGCAUCUCUGUGUAAUGGACCACGAGGGAGAUCUCUGAUUUCCCCACCAGUCCAUAAACUGACUUACUUCCUUGUUUGGGCCAAGCUCACUGAGUGUUGACAAUGCAUUGGCCCGGCUGGAGAUAUUGUUUGGUCUUUGAUUUCCCUGGUUGGCCACCGUGGUCCAACAUGCAUUUGCCCAAUAGCCAGUCUGAGCCGCAUAUUGAGGUCCUUUGAUCUCCUGGGAUUGUCUGUAGACUCCUGUUAUGCACUUUUCUGUUCAUCGGUGCUGCUGUUUCUUGUGGUUCUGCCAAGAUGUGUAGCCAAAAUAAAGGGAUAAGAAAACACAGUAAGCAUAUCACUCUUCCUCCUUUUUCCUGUGCUGCACCAUGCAAGUGGACAAGGCAUCUUGAAGGUUCUUGGCAAAAAUUUGGAAAACCACACAAAUCUCAGUAUUGUUUCAAAAAUGGCUGUGAGGAGAGCAUUAUUACCUAGUAAGCUAAUCGCCACUUGCAUUGUGUAUCUUAUGGAUUGGCAAUCCAACUACAACUAGUUGGAAUAUUGCCAUAUUGCACAACAAAUACUAUAUACCACACAUAUUCUAUACUCCGAGGAGCUGAGAUCCACCAGUGCAUUCUCUCUAUGGAGUGUCUGCAAUGCAGUCAAAUCACUGUAGAGUGGUUGUUGCCUGAUCUGUUAUUUUGUAAGAUGUUCCUUUGGUUUGUCACUUCAGUGUUAACUCAUGUAUCUUGUUCAUCCAGGUGUUUAAUUGUUAAACUGUAAAACAAAUAUUUUUGACAUUUCUCUUAAGGGGAAGAUUCUUAUUUAUGUCUAAGGACCGACCAGAAGUAGAUAUUUGCAUAUAACUAAUACAUACACGGUGGACCAUUGUAUACUGCCCAAGAACCUCUACAAUUCCAAUUGCAUCCAAACGCCUUCCAUUCUAGUAAGGUUCAAUUUAUCUAAAUAAUAUUGGUCAAGGCCUGGCCAGUAGAAGUCAGGAUAAUGAAUGAUACCCUUGUAUCCCAAUGAGUAAAUGAAAUAGAUAAAUAUUUGAUAACGGAACAUUGUUUAAAAUUAUAGUAAGAUAAGGUGUGUCAGACCAUACUCCCAUAAGCUUAAACUCUUCUGACAACCUAUGUAUCAGUUUAGCCACCCCUGAUUAUUAUUAUAUGUAUCAUUGUUGUGUUCACAACAUUUUCUAAUUUUUGUUUUUGCAGCUGGGGUAGUGAAAUGUCUGGGGUCACCACUCAUUUGUAUCAGGUGAGAACCCUAUAUAAGAAAAUCCUACUUCUUCACCGGACAUUGCCCCUGCACCUAAAAGCCCUCGGAGACCAGUACGUAAAAGAUGAGUUUAGACGACACAAAAACAUUGCUCCUCAAGAAGCCCAGCUGUUUAUGAAAGAGUGGGAGGUAGGUGUGCCUGGAGUUUUUUGUUAAGAAUUAUCAAAUCUGCUGUUUAUAUGAUCUAGAUUACAGUGCUCAAAAUUCUAUAUAGUUUCAGGUCUUGCUACCCAGUUUAUGCAAGCCAACUCGUCUUUUGUAAUAGAAAAUAUGCUGUAUGACACCAUAUAAAAAAAUUGUUAUACUUGGUUUUAAGAUACAUGCAUUGCGAAAUAUACACACUAGACCCUUUGCUAAAUUUGUGAUUUAGAAGCAGAUUGCUGAACAUCUGGGGUAGUAAAGUAAAGCGCCUCUGUCACUUUGGAGUAUUCCAUAAAGGAACAUUUGUCAGUUUCUAUCAAUUCCCAGUAACCAUUGCUAGCAAUGGCUGUGGAAAAAGGCUUCUUAUUGCACUAGUAACCCUGUAGAGAACCUCGAGCAGUCCUAUGGAGGAUCCUAUCCUAUGGUCUCAUUGGAUCUUCCAUAGACCUAUCAUGUAUGAGAGUACAACAGUGACAAGGGAUCCUUGUGGAUAAAACUCCACGAGCUGAAUUCAAAACCCAACUGAAAGAUAGAGGUGCCUAUGAGAGAGGACUUCAAAUAAGUAUAUAUUCCUGUACCUUUUCCCUUGGACCGAAGCACACAAGAGGGGUCUUUGUAAAAUAUGAAAGACGUUCGUGACAAUUUCUUUAAAGGGACACUUUAAACGCAAUUGGGUAAAAACAAAAUUUCCUCAUCAGUUUUGAUUUUUAGAUUGCUUGGGUAAUGCUUUCACCCUUCUUUAGCAAAUCCCCAAAUUUCUAUGAGUGAAAUUUUAAGCCAUUUACAGGGCGGAGCCUGACCGCCAUAUGGAGAAGUCGCAUCCACCCAGAGCUCCUAGUGAAUACCCACCUUUAGACUAAAUAUCGUUAUCCACAUCUGAACUGACCAGGUACCUAACUUACCCUCUCCUCCGUGCUCCCUCGGGAAAGGAGUUGGGGCAACAUCGACUCUUCUGACACAUCCGUAGUGGCUGGUCUGUCUUACCCUGGGCCCAUACAGUAUGUCUUUAGAGCUGGCGUGGGAUGAGAUGCAUGGACUGCUCCAAGGACUAAUCUCACCCAAGGGUGUCAUUCCACAGGUCCAGCCCUACUAGCUUGCAGCUACUUUUAGUACAUUUCAGUUAAUUUAAUUUAAUUUUACAGUUUUUAGAGCACCUAUGCCUUUGUUUAUGCUCUUUACCCGUCCUUGUAUCUUUCCGAGGCCUUUACUCUCCACCUCAGUCUCUAUACGUAAUGCAAACUGAUGAGCGAGCCUGUAUCUUUGUUCCCUAUUAAUGUUGCUGUGGUACUAUACAAGCUGUUCACAAUCUAUUUAACUGAAAAGUCUCCUCUCCAGCGCCGUACUGCUCUGCUCCUCCUCCACCAUCCGCUUGCUGAAGAGCUUUAAAAUUGAAGGCUAGGAAUGUCACGGAGACCCUCAGCUAGCCAGUGGUUCCCCAAAACUUCUGUAGUGUGUUUUUUUACAUUCAAACUAUGUGCCCUUUUUGCACGCAUUGCAUGUAGUGAACACAUUAUUAUGAUGUAUUGUAGAAUAGUUUUUGGUCUGUUUUCUUUCUUCAAAUGGAUAUAUAGUAGAACAACAUAGCAUUGGAUUAUACAUAUCUUGGGCAUAGAGUAACAAUGUAUACACCAUACAAUAUAUGAGUUUCUGAAAUCUGUAUAGAAAAAAAUAAAUUAAGAACAAAGAAAAUAGAAAUAUAAAUUGCCCUUUAAUUUGCACAGUUUAGUGAAUCACUCUGAUAACAACCAAAAGGAAAAUGGAGAGGAGAGGGAAUGGGUGGUUAGAAGUAUAAGAAUUAUCAGCGCGCAGAAUUAGAUGCAGCUAUACAGAUUAGUCAAAGAGAAAAAUACACGCAAAAAGGAACAUCCUUUCCUAAAUCUUAUGUAUGAUUUGUGCAUCAAACUCACUUUUUAAUUCAUGAGAAAGAGUUGGUAAAGAGAGUAUAUUCAUCAGUGGUUCUUCAAAACUCACUUGUAAUAAGAAGUAUGAUAAUCACUGUGAAAUGUAAUUAUCUUCUUUUUUUUUUUUUUAUCCACAAGGUGGUGCUAAAGACCAUGUGUUAAAAAACUCUGCCAAUAACUGUUUGAAUUAUUGUUUAAAGUGAAGUCCUACAGUCUGACAGCGUUAAUAUGUGCAUUCAACUUAAAUAAUAUGCUUAACCCUUUCAGAAGGAACUUGUGUAGAUACAAUUCCAAAAGUAUGCACCCAUAUCCCAGAACCAUGUAUACACAAAUUUUGAUAUUGCAAAGGAAAUUCAUUAUCGGCAAACUAAUUUUGUUUGAAAUUUGUCCUCUUUGGGGGUCUCAGACAGCAGAGCCAGCGAUAUGGUUAUCGGGUUGGCUCUGCUGUGACCCCCAUAAACUGCACAAGCAAGUGGGUAGAUCUACAAAUCUGGUUGCAGACCACUGCAAUUGUUCUGUCCCAGUCCAGAAGGAAGCAUUGAGGUGUGCACCCAGACCUGCUUCUUAAAGGAUUACUCCAAACCUUGUAACUAAUGCGUUUCCUCUCUCCCCCCCCCCCCCAUAUUGCCCCGUUGGGUAUAUCUAGCUAGCCUCUCUAGUUUUUUGUUUUGUUUGCUUUCCUGUAAUCAAAGUCUCUCUCUCCUCCAUCCUGUGUCACAGCAGCUCCAUUGCAAGUGUGCGAUCUGUGCCGGUGAUGGGAGGGGGCGGGGAGUGAUAAGGCAGAGAGGGAGGGUUUUAAAAAAACAAAACAAAAAAAUAACAGAUAUAAAGGAGGGAGGUAGAGGGACUGCGAGAAGGGAAUGAUGCCUGUUUUUCAAUCAGAUGUUCACUUACUUUAGAAGUAUUCAUAUCUGGCUCUGUAAGUUUUUCAUUUUACAAUUUUUACUAUUUAUUUUCUGUUGGUUUAUAUCACUAUUUGACUUUUCUUUCUCAACCUAAUUUAGAGUUAUAUUUGUAGCCAUCGAAUAUAGUAAGAACAGGGGUGAGGGAUAUUUAGCAUAGGUGCUCUCAAAGGCACAGAAUAGGAAUUUGCUUAUGCCUCCCCCUUCCUACACCAUUUGACCUUUUGGAAACUCUUCCCCAUGGUUAAUUGCAUUAAGGGACAUGCAGGAGAGCCACCUGUAAGAGGGUUCUCCUACUUCUGUUUUGUCAGUUGAUUGACAAGUGGGGUUGGGAGAUAACUUUUUUUUUUUUUUUUUUUUAAUUGGAGAAAUUUUAUUUUAGUACAGGAUGAGGAGACAGCAAUUUUACCAAUAUGUUACUUGUGGAGGACUGUGAAGGAAACGGUCUCAUGAUGGGUAGGUAACAUUUCUUUAAAUCGUGAUAAUAAAUCUAAAAUGUCAUAGUAGGAAACGUAAGGAACCUAAGCCAGGAAUUGGAUCAGAAAUAGCAAGAUUGAUCCCAGAGGGUGAUAGGUGACCACUACAUAAUGGCGAUGGAGCAGCAAAUAGAGUGAACAUCACUGGAGAAAGAGAGAAAGGUAAUUGCAGGUAUCUAUUGAAAGUUAUAGUUGGAGGAGAGCAGUAUGCCUAAAUCUUCUCCUCUACGCUGUACUGCAGACUAUUACAGAGUUGUAAGCCACUAAAAGAAAGGGUCAUAAGGGAUGCAGUUUUCAGCUGCAGUUUUGUUAAAGUGCAGAAGUUAUAAAAGAGAGCGAGCAAUACCAUGAAUUAAGAUUAAUUAUUUAAUUGCAUGUAUAUUUUGAGAUUUUCCUCAAAUGCUGCUCCAGUACUCUUCUCUCUGCUUUCUGUUAUAUCACUGAAUUUGAUGAAUGAACCAACUGUUGUGGAAAAAAAAGCCACUAUGUCUAAGGUUUACUCAUUACCACCAUAGCCUGUUGUAGUGGUUAUAAUGCCAGGAGUAUCCUAGCCUGGUUACGGGGUAAAAACAGUUGGGUUGCUUGGUGUUCCGGUGAUGUGCUGCCAACUUCUGCAGCGCUGUGUAAGACCUGGUGGUCAACAUUCAUUGGCUGAGUGCGUCACCUGAGUUACAUUCUGUGCAAUAAAAGUUACACAAAAUUGACACUAGCCAGUCUGUAACUCCAGUUCUGGCCUGGCUGAUGACCCCCCUUAUAAAGAUGACCAAGGUGGAUUUACACUUUUGACAGCAGAGGGGUGAAUCUCUCUAUGUGCUGACUCGACGCACCAAUGACUACUGCAAAACACAGAAGUGGUCAUGGUGCUUGAGGUAACACUUUAACCGACAGCAUGUUUGAACCCACGUCCAACUAAAUUGUUAUAAUGGUGAAUUUACAGAAUCUCAACAUCCUGAAGGAGGGGGUCACAGACAUAUUUCCAAAGUGGAUGCCAAUUAUCAGUUGUGAGCUGUUAUAAGUACAGCUGGUGUAUACAAAAUACUAAGGCUUUCAAAGUUCACUCCUGCUUUUAAUCUCUGCAAGGUUUUCUCUUUUACAUUUUUUAUUUUUUAAUGCAUAUUGUGAAUACAAGUAUUGUGUAGACCUUUCCGCACGAGUGUAUGAGGAGAUAAACAUUAAAGGUGUUUAAUAAAAUGUCGCGCCUGCUGUACUUUUUAUACAAUAGAAAACAUGAAAAGAACAAGAAAACUGUGCAAGAUUUUAAAUACAUAUUACAAGAUAUCAUCAGGCUAUUCUGACAUGUCUGUAUGCUCGUCAGGUCAAUGACUGAGUAAUCAAGAGAAGAAAGAAAAGACAUAGAGUAAGUCUUGCAAUCGCAUGCAGUACUCAGGCUAAAACAAGAAAAACUGAAAUACCACUGGGUAUAAAGACAUUUAGUAAACAUAAUAAAAAUAUGGAUCUCUGCAUUGCUAGGUGAAAAUUGCCACAUGUCGAACACCACAAAUAUGGAACGACCUCCUGCACACUUUCAAAUAUUCCCCAAGCCAAAAAUCUUCGCCAAAAUCCCUCUCUACAUAUCAAAACAGAAUGCACCUGUCAAGGUUUAUUAUGUAUUUCUUACCUGUUCUAUGUUACAUUUUAUAUAUAUAUAUAGAGUAUUAUUAUUGUUUUUGUAUUUUAUAGCCUAUACCAUAUUGUAUCGAUGCAAUGUUUUGUGGACCCAGGACAUACUUGAAAACGAGAGAAAUCUCAACGUAUCCUUCCUGGUAAAAUAUUUUAUAAAGAAAUAAAUAGGGAGUCUGUCUGUGUGUUGGAUACUGUCCAUUCUGACUAGUCUCCUACCUGCCACGAUCCUGGGCUGAAGUAGGGGCCAUUGGCUUAUGUGCAGGGAUCUUCUUGUUCCAAACGGCAGGAUUGCAUCCCCACAGGUACUCUGAGAUCUGAGAGACCCUCUGAGUGAGUGGAUGGCACAGUGGAUGCAUCUUUACAGUGUGCUGGAGCUUAUUCAUGAGGUGUAGGGCUUAUGAUGCCAGAACUCCUGGCACAGCUGUUCGAAUUUGGACUCAGUGUUCUUUCUUGGCAAAUUGGUAGUUGUAAACCGCAGCCAUUUUGCAUUCACUGCGUGGUCCCAGAUUCGGCAGGAGUCAAAUAUGCUACUACAGAGAGUUAAGUUUCCUCAGUGCGGACUGUGAUAUCCCCAACCGUUUUCAAAGGAGGGUAAAGUAGCUGUGAUAAAAUAGCUGUGAGCCCAUGCGACCAUGGGCAGGAGAUCGGCUGCCUCCCCUGGCAACUAGGCCACAAGACUUGGUAGGACGCUGGACCAGACGUGGAAAUUUCCUGCCAGAGCUGCUUUCUGAUUGUGAUCUCUAGGCAACUCCCUGUUAUAUUAUACAAGUCUGGCCAUCUAAGUCAGUCAGGCCCCGACUCCAAUCACAUUUUUAUUGUCUGAGUCUACUGUGCAGGGCUAAACUCACUGGUUGAGCCUUAAGGUAGCCCUUGCAUUGCAGGGAUUUUCUCCAGAGAGCUAAUAAAAGUUCCUGCUUAGGAGCUUCCUCUCUCUUUACAGAUAGUAGUGGAUACAUGGAGCAGCUUUUGGUGGACCCAAGGCAAAAGGUCAAAUGGUUUCACUACUUACUGGUGGUGUGAAUUGCCAGGGCACUCCUGGCACCAUAAAGUAAGCUGUAGUGGUUCUGGUGCUUGGAAUGUUGCAUUAAGUAAAAGCCAAUAGCAUUUGCAGCAAAGACAACUUUUAAAAAAUAAAAUAAAAAAAUAAACUUUUUUCAGGCCAUUCAUAUUAAUAUAGUACAGUUGAAACAUUUCAUUCAAAACAACUAAUAGAUAUGAUUCCUCAUCUCAAUACCUGUAAGAUUUUCCAAUGCAUAUUUUAAGCAGCCCGCUGUCAGAAUUUCUCAUUUGAUGAAUACUGAGCUUCCUAUGCAGAUGAGAAAUGCAUGAAGCGAUCUUGAAAUAUAUACAUUAAUUAUAAGAAUGGCAAAGAGUGAGGGAGCUACUGUGUUAAUAUACCUUCCAUCAACUAAAUCAUUAAGCUCUACAAAUUCCAGAAGAUUAGGUACUUCUGAAAAGUAGACCUGGUUGCUUGAAAAUUGAAUUAUCUUCUUCAAUCCUGGGAUCUCAUGUUCAAUAGUAGAAGAUGCUCAGUUCUAUAACCCUCUGUCAGAUUUAUUUCUUUAGUUCAAUUUUUUGGAAGAUGGGAAACCAAUCUGAGAAGAUUAUGAGAAUCUAAAUUUGACAGAACAGUGUGCGAUUAUUAACACUUGAUCACAUGGGAUGUCAAACAUACUCCGGGGAACUGAGAUGAAGAGGUGCUCUUCUGCCAUUAGUGCAACCUAUUGAAGUUUCUGCUAAUUAGAAUGCUUGUUCUUUAGUAGUACGGCCACAAAUCCAAUCAGUGAUCAUAAUCGGCCAAAUAUGAUGUGUUUCAAAGAACCGAACUCUGUCGUGAUCAACAGAUAUUGGCCACAUUCUUUUUUUUAUUUUUUUGCAGCUACUAUUCUGUUCAUUAUUAAUUUAUUUAUAUAUAGGAAAUAUCAGUUCUACUUUUGCGGAGGUAUGUUCCAAUUUUUUCUUUGGUUGCAAUCUGGGCUGUUGCCAGCAGAUGGCACCUGUUCAUUAAAAUUUAUAAUAGUUGUUCUAUAAUAUACCAACAUGAAUGCUUCUAAUGCCACAUGAGGAAAAUAGUCUGUGAGCAUAAAAAGUCAAUAUUUCCCACUGGUUGUUCAAUGCGACUUGGCACGAUAACCCUAUAGAAAGCAAAUCGAUAGGUAUACAUUGGACUGAGAAGCAAUUUCCACUUUGUUUUGUUAUGACCUGUGUAAAUAUACAGGACUUUAAAGUAACUUUGUGUUUGUUACAAUGUUUUUCUUUCUUUCAUUUCUGACAUUUCGGGAGACUGAAAACACACACACAGUCUCUCUAUAACAUUACAAGCAGUCCAUGCACAAAGCCUCCAACAAGCAGACUGGCGGAGAGACAGCAGGAAAUGGGACUUAUGUUGCAAAUUACAAAGCAUAAAGCGACCCUGGCAGAUAGCAAGAAAUAGACAGAAAGUUAGAGAACUGAGACACAUGCAGCUUUUUUUAUGGUAAAGACUUUGUAAAAAGAGUCAUGGAAAAAGAAGGAAGAGAGAGAAUGACAAAGAGAAAUGUUGAGAGAAAGACCUUGAAUGGAAAUAAAGGGUCAGCAAUGUGGAUUUUUAAUUAGGGCAGCAAAAGAUUGUUGCCCCUGCCCUAGUCUUACUGUAAUACCCACUAACCCAGCAUGAUGGCGGCAUUGCACUGGAUGAAUAUCUUCUUAAGUAAUGACAUUUAUCAUUUGUACUUUUAAUAAAUGAUCAAUAAUUUGCUUAAGGAGGUGCUGCAACGUAAAAUGUAUCUGUCAGGAUGGGUUUCCCUUAAAACUGCAUUUAUUUAUUUCCAAACUGAAGUUAUCAGAAUUAAAUAUAUUAACUCAAAUUUUGUUUAGUAACAUUCUACAAAUUUCCAACAGUUUUUUCUUUUUAAAGUUGGGUGGCAAUAUAUAGGCCCAAACUCCCAUCAGCUUGUACCUGUGGUCAAAACCCCAGGAUCCCUCAAGUUCUCUAAACAAUGCAAACAAGCUUGAAAAUUUCAGGACUGAUAUUAACAUUAAUCUUAUGUAACUAAUUCCGUCAAAAUAUCUUAACAAACCAUGAACAUUUGAACAGGUUAUCUUACGGAAUAGAUUUUGUAGAGCUAGAGGCAUCUGCACAUUUGGUUCUCCCAAGUUGGAUGCAACAUUAAUUGAACUUCAAAUGAUGAACUCCAUGAUAAGCUGAGGCAGCAGUAGGACAUUGCUGGGAUUUGGACUGGUGUUUGUUUUUAGAGUUGCAUAAUUAUCCCAUGCUGUGUAAAAUUAAGAUCAGGAGAGCAUGCCAUUAUAGUGGGCUUGAUUUUCCGCACUAAAAUAAUACCUUUAAUGAAUUGUGUGCACUAUUAGAAAUUAUUAAUAUUAUAUAAUCCACGUACUUUUAAAUUUCACACACCAAAAUAUCUUCUCCCCAAAAAAAGUUGUAAAAGUCCACCCCCAUUUCUGCCAUGUUUUUUAUCAUAGACACAGACAGAACAAGAUGGACCAUAGUCCAAACUUAUACUCUUCUACAUAUCAUACUGCAUUUCACAUAAAGAUAAAAAAAGGUUUCCAUUUCUAUAUUUAGUUUAUUCAUGACAGUGUUAAAUGUAUUGAACGGCAAUUUGCGUUAUGACUAAGUUUCUUUAUGUUAUGAAAUCCAUUAAAUGAUCAUCUUUCUGUCAUUUUUGAAAUCUGUAACACCGUGAAAAAUUAAACCAGUUGUGAAAUAAGCAUUUUAGGACUUAUGGCGAUCUGGAGGUAAUAAACGAAGUAACAUCCACCAUUUUAAAUAGGUAAUAGUACAUUAUAGAGCUGGGAACAUAUGUUUGUAUUCCUAAUGUUAUAGUGUUGCUUUAAACUGAACACUCCAAUCACCAUAGUCACUACAGCCUGCUAUGCCCUGGCGCACUCCCAGUGUAACCUAACCUAGGGUUGCCCAGGCAUUGCUGCCACCUCCUCUGCAGACGGGAACUCCUGCACAGCGCUAAGUCUGAGAGAUUUCAGAGUUACACUCAUUCCCUGACAUUGCACAGCUGCACUAAGGCGAUGAGCUAGCGGUGCAGUACAGCGUUAAUGGAAGCUCCUUGCAGUAGUUCCUGGCUGCAGAGGAGGUGGAGAAGUACUUUCUGCAGAUACCAAGUAAAUUGUCAAACCCUUCUUAAAGUGUUGGAGUGGGAGCAGGCUGUAGUGAUUAUAGUGCUUGGAGUGUACCUUAUAAAUUUUAUAUGAAACAGAAACAUAGAAUGUGACGGCAGAUGAGAACCAUUCGGCUCAUCUAGUCUGCCCAAUUUUCUAAAUCAUUUUAUUAGUCCCUGGCCGUAUCUUGCACAUCAGCUGGAAGGCUACUCCAUGCAUCCACUAACCUUUCAGUAAGUAAUACUUCCUGAUAUUAUUUUUAAACCUUUUCCCCUCUAAUUUAAGACUAUUACAUUCUAUUUUGCUGCCCCUUGUACUGUUUUAUUGACAUUUCCAGGUAAAUGGCAUUCAUAUAUUCAUCAAACUAAAAGGACUAAUGAGUCAUCCCCCUUGUCUAGAUGUGACGGUGUGUGUAACCUUUGAAAUGCAUUUAAUACAUUGUAAUGUCUCUCCACAGAUAGAAUAAAAAAAAACAAAAAAACAAACCUGCUAAACUUACUUUGUUGUUUGUGUGAAACAGUCUCCUCUUCUAGUUUAUAGAUGGGUUUUACUCGCAAGACCUAACUGAAUUCUUUGGUCUGUUGUUGCAAAAAAAACAAAACAACUAUGACCUGGUAUAAAAUCAAACUGCUCCAUGUUAACAUGUUUAGUUUUUUUUUUUUUUGAAUUGGACACAUCUGUGUGUGAGGUUAGUAAGUGUUAAUGUCUGUCGACCUUGAUGGAUAAUGCAAUAUUACCAGAAAAGGGAAAAACUCCACAGCUUUCAAAGAGAGACCAUUACAAACAUUAGACCCCAGGGAAAAGAAAUUACAAUUGUCAUGGUUUAAAUAGAUUAAAGCACGUUAACCUUCUUCCCGAGCCAAUUUCAGUUGAUAUCUCCUACAGUUUUUAUUGUAUUCGGAUCUUUUUAAAACAAGAAUGAGAGGAACCAAUGAUUUAUUUUUUCUCUAUAACUGGGAAAUCCUAUAAUCUGUAAUCAUAGAGUAUGUUAUUUCACAGUGAAGCGCAAAACCAGCAAUUCAGUAUUAUUGUAUAUUGUAUCUUUAUAAAGCCAUGGUUUUUGUCACAGUCUAUUGAUUUUCUUUUCUUUUCAUUUUUUUUUUUUGGAGAAAUAUUUAUUUACAGUUGCUAGUUCCCCCCUCCCCCGGGCAUUAAUAAGGAAAAAUUUUGUAAGAAAUUUUGCCCCCGUGCAACCAGUUUUUCAGGCUAAGACUAAACCUAUAUUUUUUUUUUAGUUCUUUCAAGAUAAUAUUUACAUUUUUUUUUUUUUUUUUUUUUACAAUAAAUUUAAAUAUGUAGGCUGCCCAUAUUUAUACUUAAACAAAGAGAGGGACAUCCUUUUUAUGCUAGGAGUAUAGAUAGUGUUGCUGCUACAACUUAUGACCAAUUGCUCUUCUGCAUAUGAUGAACUAUUCAAGCCCCCCACCCCUUUUUUUGUGGCAUAACUGGAAAUGGCUUCAAUUUGGAUUUUUGAGAUUGUUUGGAUCAACAACAUGAAGAAAUGGGUUUCAAGGUUGAACGUGAUAGACUUUAGUCUUUUUAAAUCCUAGAUUACUUUGUAACUACACAGUAGAGAAGCACUUAGAAAUGUAAAGUACAGGAUAUUAACAUUAAUAUUGUGGUAAUGCUUCUAUUGCUUAUGUCCUAUUCAGACAGCUCAAAAAUAGUUCCAACUAUAUCAGAAUAACAGGUGAAAAAAAAAAAAAAAAAAAAGAUACCUUCAAGAAAUUUUAGGUAUAUCUGAGCGUGUGGCACCAACCAUGCAUUAGGUCCCACCAUCUCUGUGACGUUACAGGAGGAGGAGACUUGACCAGUGACUAGGGAGCCUUGUUGGUGAAAAGAGGUAAUUUAAAAAAAGGGAUUUUAACCCUUUAAUCAUUGAAUGGAGGGGGGCAACAAAACUAGGGACAAGGACAUUAUAGCGUUAGGAAUACAUAUUUGUAUUCGUAAUGCUAUAGUGUUCUUUUAAAGGAAAACAGUCAGCUGCCACGGCAUUCUGUUCCUGAUCACUGUCAUUUAAAUGAUCCUCAGUCCAGAGGAGCACUUAACCAAAUGAAGAAAUCUCUGCUUUGGCUGGGCAGUGCAUUCUUUUAAGGAGCUAAUAGCCCUUUGCUUCCAUGGCUACGACACAACUUCGAUAAAUUCUAGGCAUGGCUGUACAAAGACUUAUAUUGCUUACUAGAAAUGGAAGCAGGCACUGAACCUCUGGCAAGUCAUUUCCUUAUAAUUCCUUUUAUGACAAGAAAUAUAAAACCGGAUCUGGCAGAUUUGAUGUCCUGUCACACUAAACAUUUUUAGAGAUGGUUAAUUUAAGAAAAGAAACCAAGUUAUUUAUAUCUGACAUGGUUAUACGUAUCUUCACACAACUGCAAUUUUCCAAGGACAAAGUCCAAUAUUCAUAAAAUCUCACUUUCCAUUUUUUUUUUCUUAUUAAAUCAACUUCGGUUGAUACAACUUGCUUUGUGAUGUGUUUUUUUUUUUUUUUUUUAAUUUUUUUAACCCCAAACAUGAAAGCAUGUCACCUAGGAGGAGGAUAGCCUCAGAGCCCGACAGGAACCCCUGAAAGAAGGCAAAAAUUUACUAAGCAGUUUGCCCCAUUACCCCAGCCAUCAUAACUACUACAGUGGGCUAUAGUGGUUAUGGUGCUUGGAGUAACCCUUUAAGCAUCCAUUUAUGUUGUUUCUCCGCAUUAUCCUCUUAUCCUCUUAUAUGCUUGCUCUGUUAUACCAACGCCACAACCACUUAGUUUUCCUUAUUGUUAUAUAACAUUACUUACCUUACCUAGUUUUGCCCUAUUUCUACCAAUUUAAACAGUUUUAAGUACUCAAGUAGGGAUACUUUUACAGUAAAUUAAAACAUAUAAUAGUAUGACUUUGGAUAUUUGCGCUUUAAUUACUAGAUAUUCAUAAUUACAUAACAUUUGUAAAAUCUUGACUAUAAAGGUGCCCCAAACCUCUAAGACAACAGUCAUCAGUCUAUAUGAAAUAACAAUGUCCUUGCUAACAUUAGACAGUUACCAAACAGAGACAUACCUCUGAAUGCCCCUAUUUUCAGCCUAUUGCGUCUUGAGCUGCAAUAUCACAUGACCAAGUUUCACAAGGUCAGAGCUAUGGAUGUGGCUCUUGUGGCUGUCAGUGUGACAGCCACUAGAGCAGGGGUCAGCAACCUAUGGCACAUAUGCCAUGCAUGGCACUCAAGGUUCCUUUGCAUGGCACUCAAGGCUGCUAGAGACAAACAGGAUCAGGCGUAUUGGGAGUCCCCGUUGGACUUCAGAUAUUUGCUAGUGCAAACAGAGCAGUGAUUGCAGAUCGUGAGGGAACAAACUUAAUUUACGCUUUGUAGCACUCAGAUCACUUCCUCACAGCACUUGUGAAUGGGAAUCCACACUGGAGUAGAGCAGUCCACAGCAGCUAUUACAGCUACUGCCCUUGACCUGUACCUGGCCUGAGGUGAGGCUGAGGGUGGUGGGGGGAGGAGAGGCUGAGGGUGGUGGGGGGGUGAUGGUGAGGGAGGUGAGAGAGAACCUACCUUUUCUUCCCUGGUGGUCCAAUGGGCUCCCUGGUGGUCCAGUGGGCUCCCUGGUGGUCCGGUGGCCAUUGCUUCCGGUCUGCAGCUCUGCAGAGUUCUCGCGAGACACAUGGUCUGCAGCUCUGCUCACUACGGAGCUGCAGACUGGUCACUGACAGAGGACCUUAGACGGCCGCCUAAACCGCCUAAUUAGAGAGCCGCUUCUGAUUGCUGGUUAAUUAACUAUUGUUUGCAAAUAAGCCUAGGCCUACCCAGGUGUAAACAUUCCUAGUGGGUGGUGAUUGUAGGAGUUAUGUAAGGGUUGUUGUCGUCAUUAGCUUGGCUAAUAUAGCUUGGUUGCUUCAUCUAAGUGCUGCUUCUAAGUGUGUGGUUGGAGAUAUUCUGGAGAGUGCUGCUUCUAAGUUUGUGGUUGGAGAUAUUCUGGAGAGUGCUGCUUCUAAGUGUGUGGUUGGAGAUAUUCUGGAGAUAAACUGGAGGUAAUCUGAGGUAUUUAGAAGGACUAAAAAUUUAAGAUUUGUUUGAUUUAAAUUGUUCACCUCAUUGAAAUGGCAGACUUAGUUCAGUGUAAUAGUUGUUAUGCAUUUGUUUCACGUUCCACUUUUUGGAAAUUUGGAUGCUGUCUAAUCUGUAGACAGUUCUUUAUAUUGCGGCAGGAGAUUGUAUUUUUGAAGUCUGAGAUUUGUAAAUUAUCUGGUAAACAAACAGGCUGGAACUGCUGCAAAGCCACUGCCGCAGAGACGUCCUAGGAAUGGCAGAUGGAUUACUGUAGGAUCUGGUAGACUUAGAGUUGUGGAUAAAAGGCAUAUCGCACAGCCUGUUGCUCUACAUAAUUCAUUUUCUGCACUUUCAGAGUGUAUUGGUGUUAUGGAGACAGACUCGGGUACUGAGGAUAGUGGUAUUAUAAAGACAGGCUCAGGCACUGAGGGUAGUAGUGUUAUGGAGACAGGCACUGAGGGUAGUGGUGUUGUGGAGACAGGCUCAGGCACUGAGGGUAGUGGUGUUGUGGAAACAUGCUCAGGCACUGAGGGUAGUGGUGUUGUGGAAACAGGCUUGGAGAUUGUGGUGAGGCCUAAUAGAAAGCAGUUGUUGUUGUUGGGGGAUUCCAUCAUAAGCGGUGUGGAGAUGGACAAUCGUAGUCUUGUGAGAUGUCUUCCCGGAGCUACUGCUCACAGAGACAGCAGACGUAUUUGUAAUAUUGUUAAGCGAGCAAAGCAGGAAGGGGAAUUGGAUGUACUUGUCCAUCUAGGGACAAAUGGCUUGCAAUGAGGUUUCAGAGCUUAAGGAAGUUUUUAGUGUUUUUGCCAAUGAUAUACGGCAGGUUGCUUCCACACUGUCAUUCUCUGAAGUUCUGCCUGUGCAUAACACUCAGAACGACAGGCGGAUGCGUAUUAGGGACUUUAACUUGUGGCUUGGUGAAUGGGGUCGGGAGCAAGGAUUUGGCUUCAUUUCUCAUGGUAGCUCUGUUUGGAAUGGAAAUAAGCUGUACAAAAAAGAUGGUUUGCAUCUUUCUCAAAAGGGAACACAUGUUCUCAGUGAGCAGUUCAGAGGUUUUGCUAGGAUGUAUUUAAACUAGGAGGGGGGGGCAAAAGGGUGAUAAAACAUCAAUCCAAUUGCCCCCCAAAACAAGGACAGAAUGUGCCUUUAGCAAGUUUGUUAAAAAUGAUAAGCUUAGAGACAUGUCUACAAAUGCUCGCAGUUUAGGGAAUAAGAUCCAUGAACUUGUGGCAAUAAUUGCAACUGAUAAUGUUGAUUUAGUCGCUGUUACUGAGACAUGGUAUAAUGAGAAAAAUGACUAGGACAUAACAAUACCAGGGUACUCUUUAUAUACUGUUUUAAAAUUAACAAUUAGUGAAUUAACAAGAAAGGUAGUAGGGACGAGUCGGGCAACUAUAGGCCAGUAAGCCUUACUUCAGUAGUAGUAGAAAGUAAUGGAAACCAUGUUAAAGGAUAAAAUUGUUGAACAUUUAAAAUUACAUGUAUUUCAAGAUCAGAGACAUGGGGUUACUUCAGGGAGAUCAUGCCAAACUAAUCUUAUUGAUUUUUUUUUGAUUGGGUAAUUGGGUAACUAAAAUAAUAGAUCAGGGUGGUGCAUCCUAGCAAAACCUCAAAUGAUUUAGGUAAACUAGAAAAACGGUCAGAAUUGUGGUAACUGACAUUUAAUGUGGAUAAGUGCAAGAUAAUGCAUCUUGGACGUAAAAACCCAAGGGCAGAGUACAGAAUAUUUGAUAGAGUCCUAACCUCAACAUAUGAGGAAAGGGAUUUAGGGGUGAUUAUUUCUGAUGACUUAAAGGUAGGCAGACAAUGUAAUAGAGCAGCAGGAAAUGCUAGCAGAAUGCUUGGUUGUAUAGGGAGAGGUAUUAGCAGUAGGAAGAGGGAAGUGCUCAUGCCAUUGUACAGAACACUGGUGAGACCUCACAUGGAGUAUUGUACACAGUACUGGAAACCGUAUCUUCAGAAGGAUAUUGAUACCUUAGAGACGGUUCAGAGAAGGGCUACUAAACUGGUUCAUGGAUUGCAGGAUAAAACUUACCAGGGAAGGUUAAAGGAACUUAACAUGUAUAGCUUGGAGGAAAGACGAGACAGGGGGGAUAUGAGAGAAACAUUUAAAUACAUAAAGGGAAUCAACACAAUAAAGCAGGAGACCAUACUUUACUGAGAGGGUAGUGGAUGCAUGGAAUAGCCUUCCAGCUGAAGUGGUAGAGGUUAAUACAGUAAAGGAGUUUAAGCACGUGUGGGAUAGGCAUAAGGCUAUCCUAACUAUAAGAUAAGGCUAGGGACUAAUGAAAGUAUUUAGAAAAUUGGGCAGACUAGAUGGGCCGAAUGGUUCUUAUCUGCCGUCACAUUCUAUGUGUCUAUGAUUAUCAUGUCCUGUCUUGUUCUUAUCCUUUAGUAAACCGUCUCCCUACAUUAAGUUUAGGUAGGUCCAGUAAAUGUAUGUAAGAAUGUAUUGUUUGAAUUCCAGAUCUAUUAAAACCCAUUUUAGGCGUCAUUUGCUUUGGUACAAUUUUUUUUUUCAUGUCUGGGUAAUAUUAUAUUAGCAGAUAUCAAUCUAUUUGUCCUGUUUGUUAUUACUUACCUAUAGUAUUUAAGGGUCAUGUAAUCUACCUCUGUAUCCAUGCUAAUUGCAUUUUUUUUCCAGACAGUAAUGUUGUCUGUCUGAUAUGAUAAAGUGGUUUAAUUAGAUUUCGAGAGCGAUGUGACUUUGCACAUUCAGAAUACUGUAUAAAUAGUUACGAGAUUCAGCAUGUUUUAGGGACACAUAUCACCCUAUGUAUUGCCACUUUGCCCCACAUAUUUGCUCUAUAGUAAAGCCUUAUAUAGUAUUUUUUUUAUCCUGUUGCGUUCGUAGAAUACAAAGCAAUGUAUCUAUUUUUCUAGUUUCUAAUUUAGUGUGCCUCUGAACGAUGUUUUUAAAUGAUCAUACUUCAGAGCAGAAACUAUGUAAAUCCACAUUUAAAAAAAACAAAAACAUUUUUAUAUUCUUGCUCUUACAUAAAAAUGCAGCAAUAAUUUAAUAUUUGUAAUAUGUUUUCUGUAUGGUGGACUCACUGUGGAAAACAAAAUUACGAGGAAUAUGAUUUAAAUACAAGUGCACGGCUUUGAAAUGGCCUCUUGUGUGUCAUUUCAGUAAGAAGCAUGUAGAUUAUGGAAGAUUUCAUUUUAUAAUAAGCUUCUUUGUCUUUCCAUUGCAGUCUGUUCUGGCGAUAAAGUUUCAGACGCAUAAUGGGUCCAGUAGUUGAGGGCAUGUGCUAGCUUUGCCCAGGCCAAAGCUAGCCUGUCAAUUAUUUAGGACCUUGGUAUUGCAGUCUUUCAUCGGGUGUGCUUCCUUUCCUGAAAACCAAAAGAAGGUAGACCGUAGAGGAUAGCACAACCAACACACUAAACAUGCACAGUCCCAGGAAACAGGGACUGAAAAUUUAGAGACUAACAAACCCAUUGACAUUCACAGAUUGAUUAGUCAAAAGUUUAGACACACUAUAAAAAGGAUUCAAAUAUGGGCCAGUGCUCUGCAAAAUAUAUACAUAAUAUGUGUGUGUGUGUGUGUGUGUUUUUAUGUAAAUAUAUAUUUUUUUGUAUUUAUUCAUUUUUUUUUUUUUUUUUCUCUUAAUUGGUCACUUCUCACUUGAUCUGAAUAAAAUCCAUAUUCAUUUAGUGGCUGUCCCUUAACAUUUAGAUAAUUUCCUCCCUUAUCAUGUUUUUUUGUGUUGUUUUUUUUUUCCGCCAUGAGUGGAACUCUGAAUACUGACACACAUGAAUAUGUACAGCCAUUGCACUAGUUGUUUAGUUGGUUGUAAGUCGUAUACCGCUUCAGAGGUACGGAAUUCAGCCAACUGGCCUAAAUUUGGAUGAAUUGUAAUUUGGAUGAAACCGAAUGCACAAGUCUAGUGAACAAGUGCAGACUAACCAUCAAUGCAUUGAUCAGGAACAGAUUGAUUAAUGCAUUAAACAUGCACAGACAUGCCAACCAACAUAUUGAACAUGUGUUGACUGACCAAACAAUGCACUGAGGAGACUGACAAACCAAUGAAUUGAACAUGUAAAAAGUGGUUACACAACAUACUGAACAAGUGCAGACUAAUUACGCCACAUACUGAAAAUACGGAAACUGACUAACAAACACCGAACAUGUUCACAUGAACGCAAAUGCCAAACAUACAUAGACUGACCAACAGACCCUGAAUAUGUGCUGACUGACUAACACAAUUAACAUUGUUAGACUAAUACAUUGAGAAUGCACAUACAAUCAUAAGCACAACGCCUGCUAACUAAUGCACUAAACAUGAAAGACCAACAUACCGAACAUGCACAGACAGACUAAACAAUACACUCCGCAUGUGCAGUGAUUAAUCAACGCGGCAAGAAUCGGUGGUUGGAAAAUGUAUGAGACUCUCUUACCACAGAAAAUAGAAAUUGUUUGAUUCUGCACUGUAUGUAAAACAGUGUUUGCAAUGAGCUUGUAACAAGUUUGACAAGCUGGCAAUCGGAAAUAAUUCAGAAAUGCACAUUGCGUUAAAUUGGGAACGUUCCAUGGUAUUUUAUCUGUGUUAUAGUAGAUUUUAAUAUAGUCCGCAUUCAAAAUGCCACUUCCAAAAUGCAUGCUCUGGACAAUCCAAAUGCACAGUGUGAAUUGUGUCAAGGUAAAGUUAAAAAACUUUUUGUUUUUUAAAGCUUGGACAACAGAUCGCAAAGUCUGCUGAGAGUGAGAAUAAUAUCUGGAAUACUAUAUUAAAAUAUUAUUUACUUGUAGAAAUCCCUCUCAUUUUACUUAAUGCCUGCUCAUUGUCAGUUUAUUCAGGUGUAGGAAUUAUUUGUUUUUUUUUUAGUUCAAAGUUUGCAGUGAUUUAUUUGUACUCUUUAGUAUUCCAGUAUCAUAGUGUUCCUAGCUAAUUGCUUUAAUUGCAGUAUGGAGGAUCAUUUUUAACACCGUAUUGAUUUUCGUCCUGUGUGUUUUUGCCUUCACCUUCUUAAUGGGCCUGGUUUGCCGCUGCAAUUUUGUUUGACCUUUUCCUUAUUAUCAUAUUCACUUUACUAAUUGAAACAUCCAGAUAAGACAGAACUACCUCAAUUUAUUGAUGUUUUUUUAAAAACUAGAUAUUAGCUGUCUGGAUUAAAUAGCAUUUUGCAUUCUCCUAGAAAAUGCGAAAUUGCACCCAAUAGGAACAUCAUAGCUUAGUUUUCUUUAUAUCUGUUUACCGUAAAGAAGAGUGAAACUUUUCUUUUCUAAAAAAAAAAAUAUGCUGUUUUAAGAUGGUCCAAUUUGAUUAAUUUUAAAAACAAUUGCCAGCCAGAGAAUUAUAGGUAAGUUAGCCUAGCAGUAGCUGACUGAAAUCUUCUGUUUUAGGCUGUGUAAUGAUUGAAGAUAGCAUAAGCAAUUUCUCAGUGCAGGUUAUUUCCAGUAAAUACGCACCCUAGAUCUCUAAAACAUUUGUGAAAACACAUAAAGAACAUAUGUAUACAAAAUCCUAAUACGGUACCAAAACAAGACUUGUGAAGCUUUAUCUCAGUUCUACAAACAUAUCAUAUUUCCAGGAGGAUUUUGUUGAAAAAUGUGUUGUGACUUGGUGGUUACAUGCAUAGCGGUAAAAAAAAAAACCACAACAAAAAACAGUAAAACCUGCCUCAAAUCCUUAAAGAAAGUAAUAAUGAAUAUCUACACUCUUAUGGAUUUCUUAGUACUAUAUUUCAGAAUUAUCCAAACUCUUUAGUUCAACUGGCUCAAAUAUAUAUUAGUGGGUGCUUUGUAUUCCAACAUUUUGACCUUCAUCUCAUAAAAAGGCGAUUGACUUUAAUUCUAUUUUCACACAUUUUAUUUUUAUUCUGAAUGCCAUUUAUUUUUUUGUUACAGUUUCCUAUUACUUCUGAAGUUUGGGAAAAGCUUUGCUGAUCCAAGGAUGAAUUUGAUUGUCAUUUCUGAAUGAAGGCAAUAUUGCUUUCCAGUAUUGUAGUAUAAUUAGAAAACGUUUCAAUUUAUUUGCGUCUCAACUCGUCUUGAUUCUUUUGUUCUGCUUGUAUUGCUUUGUAACUCUGUAUUGUUCAUGAAAAAAAAAACAAAAAAAACAACUGCUACUUAUCCAUCCCUCUUGUGCAGCAUAUCCUCAGACCCAGUCUAUUGGACAUAUCUUCUCUCUGAAAAGAUAAAAGAAAAUCGCAAGUCAAUAGAAGCUAGAAUUGUUUUUUUAUUGGUUAUUGGUGUUUUUUAAGGCCGCGAUGCUGGGUCCUAUUAGUAAGGCGGUAGUGUUUAUUGUCACACUACGGUUGCUCUCUGUGUCUGAAGGUUUUAAAGGAAACACUAUAUCAUUAGGGAUACAAACUUGUGUAGCUGCCCCCUCCCAUGUGGGUUUAAAAGGUAAGUUUUGCUUACUUUAUAUUCUGUGGCCUGCUGCUACCACCGCAGCUGCCAUGCCCCUCAGCUGAGAUCAUCAGUCUUGAUCUCAGCCAAUCAAAUGCUUCUACCAUGGGGAAGCAUUGAAAGAGUAGUGUGGCAAAAAGCCUCCCUGUACCAAUUAAAUGCUCCCUGAGAAGCAGUUGCUUGCUUAACUGAAUCUGACUCCGUUAUUGCAGCAGAAGUGCCUCUAGUGGCUUUCUGGAAUAGUGCAACUAGAGGUCUUUUAAUCCGUUCAAGCACCAAAACCAUGCAGGUAAGACUUGAAAGUAAAUAAGGUUAGCUGUCCUUAUACUGCAGGAGACAUGCUGGAAGUUCCUUCUUAGGAACUAAAGGUUGCCGCCAUUAGUGAUGAGGCAGGCAGCGGCACCUGACAGAAUCCAAGUAAGAAGUCACUGUUGAUAAACUCGCUGUAUGGAUUAUAGUGCUUGGAGUGUUUUUACUUGUAGCAACAAACUAUAUAUAUAAAACUAAACAAAUGAGAGCACGUACUGGAUUUAGAAAAAUUUAUAUUAAAUAGUAAGCAAACAAAUCAACUUUUCGACCGUCUAGCGGUCUUUAUCAAGAUGAUAAAGACCGCUAGAUGGUCGAAACGUUGAUUUGUUUGCUUACUAUUUAAUAUACAUUUUUCUAAAUCCAGUGAGUGCUCUCAUUUGUUUAGUUUUGUAUAUAUGCACAGAGAAGCACCCUGGUCAAAUUUUGGAUUAAUUUGAUUUUUUUGGGAAGAGUGCCAGAGAUUUUUAUAUAUAUAUAUAUAUAUUUACUAUGUAUUUGGGCUGAUGUGUACUGUGGUCGUUGCUGCCGCCCAGGAGUGAUGGGAGUGAGCGCAGGACUUAUCUUUUUGUAUUUGUAUUCACUUUUCGUAUCACACAGCUUUGUUACAAUGCUGCCGCCCAUUCCAUGUGUUCCCUAUUAAGGGUUAAUAAGUAUAGAGGGGUGUAUAUAAAGAAUACCCCUCUCUGUCUCACUGGAGAUAUCUUUGCUAGAAGCUCAAAGAAGCAAGGUGAAUGGUCAGUGUAGGACCCCCGUAGGAGGGGUCGCCUUGACGUUGACAGGCGGGCCAUUGGAGUAACUAAAUGACCCCCAAUUGACUAAAUAUACAUAGUUAUUAAGAAGAGAGCGCAGGUAACUUUUUUUUUUUUUCCUUUGGUUUUUAGACUAACAUAACCGCUGCUGUUCAGUGUAAUAAUUAUGUUUCUAAUAGUUCUCCCCCCCACCCCCCGCUCCUUACUCCUUUUGGAAUGGUUUGACAAAAUCUUGGCUGUCCCUUGUACUCAGAAGCCAUAAUUCUUUUCUUCCAGACUGAUAAUGCAUGAUUUACACUUCUGCAUUAUCAAUAUUCUCUCCAAUCUGAUCAUCAGUGGUUUGCUGAGAGCACUGGGGGCAUGAUAAAUCUAAACUCUCAGCCUAUCAAUUCGAUCCAGGUUGGAUGGAAUUGACAUUGGAAUUGACGUUGAUAAUGAGGUAGUAUAACGUCUGCCUGAUCAAUGCAACUGUAGGAGAUGGUCUCCAGAUUUUGAUAAAUUGCUUCUAAACAGUUGAACAACAAUCUAGUGGGUAGCGUCCCACAGUCUGUUGGCAACAUGUAAUGUUUUGUUACUUAGAGGGCCCCUUUCAUGCAAAGUUGAUUGCUUCCACAAACAGUGCCCUUAAACCUUAAGUGAUUUGUUUAUAUCAUUUUUAUUCUUUAUGUCCAUUUUCACAAACAUUAUACAAAAAUCAUCACCUGUUUCAGUGACUUAGUUCUCUCUUCUUGUAAACAACAGAAGAACAAUGAUCUCACCUUUAGGCUGAUUUUAAAAGCUGUAGUGAUGUUCAGGAGCGAUAAUUUAUCUUCAUACUAGUAGGUGGCUGCAUAAAGUUGCAUAAAGCAAGAUUUGCCUCCAGCCACUGCCUUUUGUCUGACUUUAUAAUGCUUUCUUUUGACUGGCAAUCCAUGGUUUGGUACUGGUGAUUAUACGUCUGCAACUCUGUUGCUCAUCCUUUUUAACAACACUUAGGAGUUUGUAUCUGAUUGUGGCUAGUAGGGGUUUGAACUACAGGAGAUGUACAUUUGUCUGCAGCUGUGUAAAUGUCAGUGCUAGGGAGAAAAUGGAAAAAAGAUAGACUCUGUUACACACAUCAGCCUUUUAUGUAUGGUAUUUGUUAAAUUGUAGUCAAUAUGUGAAAUCCUAAGGUAUUGAGACGUUUAUAAAAAGUCGUAUUUCAGGAUUCUGGAUGAUAUGAUAAAUGCAGAAUAUUUAAUGUGAAAUUCACUUGUGCUGUCCUGAAAUAAAGAAGGCUGCUAAAUUAACCUAAAUUUUAACACUUUAAAGCCCCUCUCUGGCAAAGAGUAAGACACAUUGCUUUCUAGUAAAUGGUUUGAAAUUCAUACAGUUUAAUAUGAAACAAUUAAAUUCAAUCAUUUUUAAAUGUUUCCCAAUUAUAGCUUUACCUUUAUUAAAACAUAUAAUUUUUUUUCAAAAUGGUCAAAUAUUUAGAAUUUCUAUUAGUUGCAGGACCCUUCUACAGUAAAUGUUGUCCAUCUUCACUGAGAUAGAUACUCAAGCUUGUUAGAUUCUAAGAGGUUUGCAUGCAGUGAGCACGUGGGAAUCUUAAUUGUUUUAAUGAAUGUUAUUGUGGGUCAGAGCAACAUUGCUUUGUGCACUUUGGCCAAUUUCCCAAAUGUCUGUCAAUUUAUUGAUCCUGUGACAUAAAUAGGGGUAUGAGCGCAAGAUAAUUCUAAUACUCCCCUACCUUUCAUAGUAAUGCUGCAUAGAUCUUGGAAUUAUGGUAAAUUAUCAAUGAUUAAAAUUUGUUUCUUGUAUCCAGGUUAUUACCACCCAUUUAAUAAUUGUAUUAUAUAAUAUGCAUAUAAACUGUUAAAUAAUACUAUAAUAUACUAUCCAUUGUUUAUUUUCGACACUAGUGUUUGUCUCUGUAAUUAUGCCCAUAGCAUCCUUUAAAUGUUUUAUUUAUAAUUACUCUUUUUAUUCUUUGUCUUUAUGUAUAAGAAGGUUCCAGUUUAAAAAAAUAAAUAAAAAAAAAUGUUAUGUAGCAAGCGCGCGUGUUUGGCAAGCAAUAUCGCAUUGCUGCCUGUUUCUUUUGAAUAAGUGUCUAGAAGAUAUCCUACAAACAGCAGUUGUAUAUAAAAUAUGCAUGAGUUUUUGACUACACCUCUCUGGUUGGAACAGAUGGGCACAAUCAAAAAAACUGCAUUUAGUUUACCAAACACACUUCUUGUAUAUGCAUGUGCUUGGAGAUAUUAAUGCCCAAAGGACACUAAAAUGGGGAUGUUUAUUGUAACAUGUAGAGACUUAGAUUAUUUCGAAGAGGUUUAACAAGCAAAAUGUUCCUCGAGUUAAUUCCCACUUUAAAGAGCAACUGCCUCUAUCCAGUAAAUGCUAGUGAAGCUUUUUAAGGGAAGUGGAGAUCCAUGCUUGUAAGUAAAACACUCUUAAAUCUCCAGCACCUAUUUGUUCAGCUCAAUAUUAUUGGCCAAAUAUGCUCCAGGUACAGCUAUGUGCUACUGGGCAUCCAAAUCACAAAUUCUGAAAGGGAACAUGCACACUUGGGCAUUACUUCCAAAUGGAUGUGGGUAUUCAAGUGCCCUCACGGCACCUGCACAGAGUGUACCAAGGGGGUUAAUUUACAUCCUUCUUUCUGUAUGUACUCAUGCAGCCUGGUUUACGAUGAUGUAGGAACACUGAAAAAAAUAAAAUAAAAAAAAAAGUAAAUCUUUUUAAAGGACUAGCGUUUUCUUUAACCUUUAGAGUAUGCCCCCCAACUUUUUAAAAUGGAAAAAAAAACUAUAUGUACAUUCAGUCAGUCCAAUGCUGGGCAGUGUUUUUUCAGCAGCUGCCCCUAUCAUCUUCUGUUUGCUUUCUGGUACAGUACAAUGCUUCUCACAGAGCAAUCACCGUGCUCAGUCAGUCGGUUACUCCUCUUAAAGUACCAUUUUUUUAUGAGAAGCAUUCGAAACAUUUGACUUCAUCUUGCUGUGAGUGGUGUCUCUGAACAUGAAGACUUUCAAUAAAUUCUGAAUACUUUCUUAACUAGAAACUUCCUUCAGUGAGGAAGCACAUCUAUUGGCUCUGCCUUGUGCUAAAUGUAUACUUAUGGCCAAAUGUAAACAUUGCCAUUCCUAUGAAAUGGCAGUGCUUACAUUGCCAGAGUGCAGGGACAAUUUCUAUGCACUGAAACUACUUCACUGAAGUGAAAUAAUGUUGAUGCUUAGAUUGUCCCUUUCAAUAAAAAUGAAGCAGCCUGAAUUAGGACAGCCCCUAUUGUUGGACAGUGUAAAUGCCCUAAUACAUUAAAAUGGUAGAGGGUAAAACAUUUUGAAUAUUAUUUUCUUUUAAAUGUAAAAAAUAAAAUAAGAAAUAUAAUAUAUAUUUUUUUUAAUUCUUUAUUUUUGUUAUGCAAAGUAUAACAGUAGCACUUGCCUUGCCCCAACGGCAGUUUCAGUACUUUGGAUUCAACAUAUUAAAAACACAAAAAGUAGUGAACUGUUUGCAGUACUUUGGAUUCAACACAUUAUAGACAAAAGCUUGGCAGUUAGAAACAGCACAUUUUGUAUUCAAAAGUAGUAAGUUUGCAGGCUAGUGUGUGAUGGUCAGUUUUGGGAACUAAAAACCUAGCUGUAUAGCCUGUGGUAGUGUCUGGUUGGUCUAUCACCUCUUAGAGUAGAGUAUGUAUUUACAGUUAGGGGCAUUUUGAGGCGGAAUAGACCUUUUGCCUCCUAGUCAGUUGCUAGGUAAAUAGUGUGUUUUUAUGCAUAGAGGAGGCUAGCACCCUCUGGUUAACAUGAUGGACCUAAUGUGCAACCUGUGGGGGGGGGAGGGUGGAAUGUGAGGUGUUACGAGGUGCAGCCCUCGAGACGGUAGAUAAGAUUCUUAUUUCAUUUUUAUCCAUAGCUCCUGCAGAUACUUCAGCAUAAAGGCCAUCCAGUUUCUUUUUCAGUGAGCUGAUUGAUGGUUAAAACACUGUGAAAUACAUAGCUCCACUGGGAAUCAUUACGUCAGUGCUGUUCUUGCUUGUUUGUCCAUUCAUUCGUGCAUGCCUUGAAUCUGUGAUGCCACAGUCACUGUUCCCUGCAAGUUAGAAUGCUCCUACACAGUCUUGCUGUGCCUAAAUUCCUUUCUGCUCUACUUACAUACCAUCCCUGCUCCACAAAAGCCACUUCCUUCCUAACUCUUCCAUUUGUGUCCCCUCCUUGCUCCUUCAAAGUCUCCUGCCUUCUUCACUGCUAUAUCUUCUCUCCAGCAUAAAUCACCUCCAUGGUUCACGCACAAGUCUUCUCCCCACUCCACCCAACUGAAGACCUUUUCCAGCCCCACUAAAGUCCCUAUGUGCAACCUCCCAUGUGUACGCAUUAUUUACAGGUUAAAGGGGUGAUGUGCUGUGGUUGUUUGUUUUAAGGGCAUUUCAUUGCCUAAACACCAGCUUGAACUAUGACGUUCUGUACAGCCUGACAAUUACUGGUUUAAAAAAAAAAAAAAAAAAACCUUUUUUUUUUUUUCAGAAGGGAGGAGGCAGUUUGUGACUGACGAAGUGAACUUACAUUAAAACCUACAGCAGAAGAUUCUGUUUUUAAAAUCAUUUUGGAAAAUUUACAACAAAUUAAGUGUAUAUCUAUGAAGGAGCAUAAAACGUGUGUUGAUACGUGGAGUGUCUCUGUUUAGAUGCAAUCAGAACAGUCAUCCCCUUUCUUAACGAAGGAUGCUGGUCAAAGUUGCUCAGGAAUAUAAAAGCAAGAAUUUUCCAAUAAUUUCUGCUUCAGUCCAGCUAUGUAGACUGUCACGAGAUGAGCAAUGACUUCCAUUAAGUGUUAUUAAUUGUCACGCAAUUUAUUUGGUUCUUUGCCCAUGCAUUAUAAUAAUUGAAACUACAGGAUGCGGCAUUUGUUCAUUGCUUUUAAUUCCCUUUAUUUUCCAGGCCUAUGCUACGGUAUUGUUGAAACAAGCCAAAGAAGAAUGGGGAACUGCAGGUGGGAAAAAAAGAUAUGGAACUGAGCUGUCAGAAGAAAAACUUAAUUAUUUUCGUGAAGAGCAGAUUGGACAAUUACUGGAACUUAUGCAGGAAGCUACUAAACCUAAACCUCAGUUCGAUGUUGAAGAGUUUGAUCGGAAGUGAUGACUUGCUCUGCAAUUUAGAUUUUGGUAACCUCCAUCUACAUGUUUACAACCUAAUAAAAACAUUGUGUUGUAUAUUGGUCUGUUCCUUAAAAACGUCAUAUGAUUUUUUUUUUUAUAUUCUUCAAAGCUUCUGAG